GGAGAGCAGAACACCGGGACACCGGGACACCGAGAUCCCGUCUCUAAGGACAGCGCGACACCGGGAUACCGGGGACACGGGGACAGCGGGGCACCGGGACACCCGAUGAGCAGGGACACGGGGACAGCGGGACGGCAGGACGGCCGGGACAGCGGGAUCCCUUUCCUGGGGACACCGGGACCAGCGGGGACAGUGGACACGGGGACAGUGGGACACCGGGAUCCCUUCCCUGGGACCAGCGGGACACCGGGACCAGCGGGGACACCGGGGACAGUGGGACAGCGGGACCCCUUCCCUGGGGACAGCGGGACACCGGGACACGAGGACACCGGGAUCCGUUCCCUGGGAACACCGGGACCCCUCCCUGGGGACACCCCGAGAUCGCCGAGCCCCCCCGGGGGACACCGGGGACACCGGCACCGCUGCCUUUGGGGACACCCCGCCAGCUCUGACCCCUUGGGGACACCGGGGGCCAGACACUGACCCCGGCCCCGCCCGGGUUGCCCCGUGCCGCCAAUAAAGGCUUUGAACGGCGCCGCCGGCACUGCCGGACCCGAAACCGCCGCGAUUCGCCCCAAAACCGCGAUGGGCGGGGUCUGGCAGGGCUGGCCACGCCUCCCUCCUGCUGAUUGGCUGAAACGCGCGUCCAUCACUCAUCGGUGGGCGGGACAGCCCGCGAGUCGCUCGGUUCGCCGCUGCUGAUUGGCUGAGGGCGGAGGGGCGGCACUUCCGGGAUCGCGGCGGGAGCGCGACGCCGUUCCCGGUUCCGGGCUCCGGUGCGGCCGCCAUGGGCCGCCGCAAGUCGAAGCGAAAGCCGCCGCCGAAGAAGAAGAUGACGGGGACGCUGGAGACGCAGUUCACGUGUCCCUUCUGCAACCACGAGAAGUCCUGCGACGUCAAGAUGGACCGUGCCCGGAACACCGGGGUGAUCUCGUGCACCGUGUGCCUGGAGGAGUUCCAGACCCCCAUCACCUACCUGUCGGAGCCCGUGGACGUUUACAGCGACUGGAUCGACGCCUGCGAAGCCGCCAACCAGUGACACCGGGAGGGUGGCGGGGACACCGCCCGGUCCCCAAAGCCCCGGCGGGGUCGGGGACCCCUCCCGGCCCCGGUGACACCCCCGGAGCCGGUGUGGGGGUGCCAUCUCCCCCUCCCCCAGCAGCUGGCACUUGUCCUUGUCCCCGUGGGGACAUCGGGGCGGGGGGUGACGCGUUUGGGGACAGCGGCCCCGGAAUAAACGCCGCGAGUGGUG